GUCACUACUCUGCACGCACCAGAUCUGCCCAGGCUGCCUGCUCUGUCACGGUUUCCACUAGCCCAGUCCUCACCAGCUAUAGAUGCCUCCUGUCUCCAGGAUGAGAAUGGUCUGACCUGGCCACAGACCUGAAAGUGGAGAUGAAAGAAAAUCCUGGGAUGAGGAUGCAAAACUGCCAUGAGCUGCAGUGGACAGGAACCCGCAGACCACAAACAGCCGUAUGGAAGAUCCAGAAAUCCGAUGUACGGAGGGACAACUACAGUAAAUCAGCACAAGGACACAUCUACGACAUUCAAUCUGCUACAUUUUCAGUGAGUCCAGAAUCUUCAUUUGGAAGCUACAAUUCCUCUCAAGUCAUUGACUUGCACACAUCUAGAACUUCACAUGGAUCCUGUAAACUUAGCAACUCUGCUUUAUUCACAGACAGAAAACUUCCUCACAUCCAUAACUGUACUGAGCUCUCCAAGACUAGCACAUCCUUAGACGGCUCCUCAGUGAAUCUACAGUACAACGGGAAUCCAACCAAUCAAACCUACCUGACAUCUGUAGAGAUUAAGACUCCGUGGUACAUAAGUGUUCUCAAUGAGAAGGAACGUUGCCUUCUUAAACUGGGAGAAGAGAUAAACCGGCUUUCAAGAUAUGAAGUACAAUGCAAGAGAAAAGAUCAGGUCAUCUCCAAUCUGAAGAAUGAAGUAUUACAGCUUCAGAUUGAUGUCCAUAGAUCGGUCUACCCACAGACUGGGAGAGAAGAGAACAAGUCAUCUAUAGACCAUCUUGACCCACUAAAUUUGCACACAGAGAAAGCAUGUCUCCCUUUUAAAGAGUACCCCACGGAUGUAACGGAAGGAAAAUCACAAUCAGUAUCAAGCCAUAAGGAUUUAUCUAUGAGUUCAGAGGGAAAUGCAUCUGCUGUAUCCUUGGCAGAAAGCUUGCCUGAAAACCAGAGAAAAAGCCAAAGCAUACUAAUGGAAACAGAGAGGGGCUCAGUUGCUGACUGUUUCCAAUAUCAACCAGAGAACACUGUAUUCAUUUGCAAUCAGAUUUUAAUUGAUGACAUCACAUCAAAAGAAGAUGAAGAAGAAUCUCAUUUGCCCAUGGAUCAACCUGAACACAACAGUCAGCUUAGCCAGAAACUAAAGGAAGACAUGGAGAUCAUAAGGAAGGACUAUGAGAUGUCAAAAGGAGUCAUUUCCUCCCUGCAGAAGACUGUUUCAUCUCACGAGUCCAAACUCAGGAAAUCGGCCUCUGAAAAAGAAGCUUUACAGACAGAACUGAGGGAGAGAGAGAUUCAGAUACAAGCCAUGUCCAAGAAGUUUUCAAGUUUGCGAGAAGAAAGAAAACAUGAAGAGAUGAUGGCUUCCUUGGAACAGGAGAACUGCAGUCUUAGAGAGAUGAUGUGUGAACUCAAAUCCGAGGUGAUGAGGAGGAACGAGAUGAUUGCCGAAUUAAAGAGUGAAGUUCAAAGACUGCAGAAAGAGAUAAGCAAAUAUCAGACAGAAGUGAAGAAGCAAGAGGGGGAGACAAGUCAGAUCAAGAGCAAGGCAGAGGACUUGGCUUCUUCUGAGCAACAUGUCAAGGUGGCUUUGGAGACGUUGCAGACCAAGUAUGAACGACUGCGCAGUAAGAUAAUCCAGGCUGCAUACAUGGCCCCCGGAUUCAAGGGUCCACAGGUAGUAAUCUCAGAUAAUGAAAUCCUGGAAACCAUGCAGAAAAUCAUUGCAGACCGGUCGGAUUUUCAUCAGCAACUAAAACAGAAAGGAGUGAAGGUCUCUCCACUUUACAUAUCAGAAACAUCUUCUGCCACCAAGCAGACAUCAUCUCCUUCUAGAAAGAAAGCUACAUAAGAGUGACGCCGUCUUAAGACUAUGGUCAUGUGAGGCACACAAGCCACUUUAAGAGUCCCUAAAAAAAUCAUAAUGGGGCUAAGACUUGUAAAUGGACCUGUACAAUAUGAUUUAUACUAGGCUUAGACCAGGUGGUCCACAGAGCUGGGCCCCAGAGGAAUUUUUUUUUUGUUUAGGUUGGUCUAGUCCUGUGAUGGCUAACCUUUGGCACUCCAGCUGUGGGAAAACUACAACUCCCAAGAUGCACACUUGCUUGGCUGUUCUCAGAACGCCAUAGAAAUGAAUGGAGCAUGCUGGGAGUCAUAGUUUCACCACAGCUGGAGUGCCUCCUGUUGCUAUUUCUCACCACUUUCCCAUCCGUUGCAGGGCAGAAGGGUGGCAUUACCCUGCCGUCCUUCCGCUCAAGUUGCUAUGAUUGUAAAUAUAUAUGGCAAGUCCUGUUUAGGCCAACACAGCCCAUAAGGUAGAUACUUUUUGGGGGUCAUUUAUUAAGACUGGAGUUUUAGACGCCGGUCCUAAUAAACCACUAAGCUGGCGGUGGAUCAACCGAAGUU